AUGCACACCAUCAAAUUGUGUCUCGGUGUUAGCCCAGCACCACUGCUAUACAAUGCUCCACUACUAGAAGUCGAUGUUGUUACUGUUGUCGGUCUGAUCGCAAGUCUCGAUGACUCUGAUGCCGCUGAAGUCAAGUCUGUCCCAGUCAUGGAAGAGCCGACUUCGGCCGAUGUUGACGACUGCCCCGCGUCGAACGAUGAAGAUGAGGGGAUGGAAGAUGUCGUGCCAUCGGCAGGAGAUAUCGUGCCAUCGCUUGGCAACCCUGGCCUGCUGAGCGCAGAGGUGAUACUGCCGACGGCAUUCGGAGUCGUGGUCAUUGAUGAGAUUGAUCCAGUCUCGGUUCCUAUAAAAGCGGUAACGGGAAGCGUUGUCGAGCUAUCUGGAGAUGGCGGCGGUAUGCCACUACUUGGAAUAUUCUCUGGGAGCAUGGGCGCAGGUGAUGAGUUGUCCAUGAUAUUCGAGCUUGUGGAUGCUGAUGAAACUGCCGGGUCGAGAAUGUCCAUGGUGGACGAUGCAGAGAUCGAAGCUGAAGGGACAUCCAUCUGCUCAGUCAUCGAUGGAUUAGACGAGCCACCACUAUUGCCUGGGGUGCUGGUGCUGGCCACGAUAUUUGUAGCACUCGAAGCCUGUGAACUUGUAGGCGAUAGUGGCAGGCGGAGUGACGGCGAAGAUUGGCCAGAAGACGGCGUGAGAACCACACUUUCUCCAGACGGGGGCGUCACUGGUCCUCCUAAUGGCGGACAAGCCGUAACCGUUGCACCUGGAAACGAAGACGACGCGGAGGUGCUAGGUCCGAUCGCAGUAGAGAUUGUAGCUAAUGAAGUCGGUGUUUGCGUACUCGCCUCAAGAGGUGGAUCCGCAGCAGGCGCUGUCGCUGUAAGAGAUGACGCAGUCGAGACCGGUAUGCUCAAGCCUGAGGAUGAAGACAGAUCGGCUGGACUAGUGCUGAUUGUCGCGGGAAUUGUAGCUGACGAUGCAGAAGUUUGCGUGAUCGGUUCAGGUGGCUGGUUUACAGCAGUCGUUGUCAGGGUUACCUGGGACGUUGAAGUCCUCGUUGUGGUGUCAUCUAAGCUUGUGCCACCCCUCGUUGUUGAGGGCUGUGAAACUGGCAGAGGAGGAGGAAUCUCAGCAGUCGCUGUUGUGGUGGCUGAAGAUAUUGAAGGACUAUCGCUGAAGCCACAGCUUCUGCUGCUAGACGUUGUCCGUGGCGGCAACACUAUCUGA